AUACAUGCAAAUAUCACUUGUGCAUGCGAAUGAACUGUCUUUGCUUUCUGUUAAACAGAAAAGAGUAAUCAAAGGAGUUGAAAUUCUAGAGAGAUAAGAAAUCCCAGGGUUUUUUUAGAGAGAAAGAUGGGAGGGUGUUUUUCAGAUGUGAGAGGAGGGAAACAGGCUGUAGGAGUGGGCCUGACGGGGCCCAGUCUGCCUCCCAUGCCUACCAGCGACGCUGCCCUCAACGAUGCUGUUGACGACUUCUUUCGAGCUCGAGGCAUUCAACCACUAUUCACGCAGCUCGAGCUAUCUUUAUCUGGUUCCAAUUUACGUGAUCGUGACAUCAUCUCUAAGAGUGAUCCUAUGGUGGUAGCAUAUACUAAGAAAAGAGAUGGAACACUUGAGGAACUGGGCGCCAGAGUAAUAAUGAACAGCUUGGAUCCAGCUUGGAUUGAAAAAAUUACUGUUGCCUAUCAUUUUGAGAUUGUCCAGCCAUUGAUAUUUCAUGUGUAUGAUGUUGAUACAAAAUAUUACAAUUACCCCUUGCAGACGCUGAAGUUGAAUGAUCAAGAAUUCCUUGGAGAAGGCAGUUGUGUUCUGUCAGAGAUAGUGACUAAACAAGGCCAGAGCUUAACCCUAGAUCUUCAUAACAGAAAUGAACAGGGGUUUGAAAACCUAGGGAAACUCACUGUCCAUGCAGAGGAAACAGUUGCUUCAAAUGCUAUUGAGGUUAUAUUCCAUUGUUCACACUUGGAAAACAAGGACUUGUUCUCUAAAAGUGACCCUUUUUUAAGAAUAUCUAGGAUUGUUGAAAAUGGAGGUUCUGUUCCAAUUUGCAAGACAGAAGUGGUUGAUAACAACUUGAAUCCAAUCUGGAGGCCUCUAUGUCUAACAAUGCAGCAAUUUGUUAGCAAGGAUAACCCAUUAGUUAUCGAGUGCUUUGAUUUCAAUACUAGUGGGAAUCAUGUACUGAUCGGUAAACUUCAGAAAUCAGUGGCAGACCUGGAAAAACUUCAUAAACAAAAAACUGGUGCCAGUUUCAUCUUACCCUCUUCUGCUCAGCAUGGUCAUGAGAAGGUUUUGAAGGGCCAGCUAUUUGUUGAUCAAUUUUGUGAGAAGCAGCUAUACAGUUUUAUUGAUUAUGUUUCUAGUGGAUUUGAAUUUAAUUUUAUGGUUGCUGUUGAUUUUACUGCUUCAAAUGGAAAUCCUCGAAAUCCAGAUUCUUUGCACUACAUUGAUCCUUCUGGCCGGUUCAAUGCUUACCAACAGGCUAUAAUGGAGGUCGGAGAGGUCAUACAAUUUUAUGAUUCUGAUAGGCGCUUUCCUGCAUGGGGAUUUGGGGGAAGGACAAUUGAUGGUACCGUAUCACAUUGUUUUAACUUGAAUGGAAGUGCAAGCGGCGUUGAGGUUGAAGGGGUCCAAGGGAUCAUGGCUGCCUAUGCAAGUGCACUGAACCAUGUUGCUCUAGCAGGACCGACUUUAUUUGGACAAGUGAUCAAUAAUGCAGCUGCAAUUGCUCGCCAGUCCCUCUCCUAUAACAGCCGCAAAUAUUUUGUUUUGCUUAUCAUAACGGAUGGAGUAGUUACAGAUCUCCAAGAAACAAAAGAUGCUUUGGUCAGGGCAUCUGAUUUGCCCUUAUCAAUUCUGAUAGUUGGAGUGGGAGGAGCAGAUUUUAAACAGAUGGAGAUCCUUGAUGCUGAUAACAGUUGUCGGUUAGAGAGUUCUACAGGACGUGUAGCAACUCGAGAUAUUGUACAGUUUGUUCCCAUGAGGGAAGUGCGUGGUGGGCAAACUUCCGUAGUCCAAGCUCUAUUAGAAGAGUUACCUGGGCAGUUCCUAACUUACAUGAGAAGCAGAGAUAUUAAACCCGGUGCAGUCAACAUAGCUCAAACAUCUGCUUCCCAUGCCACCAUCUAGUAAGGGUUGUCUCCCAUUCAUCACUCCAGAGUUCCAAGGCAUUGUAAAUACCGAAACUAGGUUGACAAUAUACAUGCUGUCUAUAGGAACCACAGAUGAUUGACAUAUCCCAGAGGGAAAAGGUUAGAUUACUUAGUCUAUACUGGGUACAAUCUGUUUUCAAGAAUGAUGAAUUGACCCAAUUGUAAUAACAAUUGAUAGCAUUGGAAUGCACUGAUUUGAUUACAAAUAUUGAGAGUUUCAUCAGUGUGUAUCAUGCAUGCCAAUUGACCUUUAA